AUGUGCUUCAUCGCUCUCACCACCCAAGCAUUUGAUAGGGUACGAUUGAGGGAUGUAACAACUCUAAUAAAGGGAAGGAAGAUUCACCCAAACAUAAUAAAAGUAAUCAAAGACCUGAACAUCGAUAAUUACACAUAUAUCAGAAUGAAAAAUGAGCUGAUCACCGGUAUCACACAAGGAGAUAGCCUCAGACCGACCUUGUUCAGAAUCGUAAUGGCUGAGAUUACAAACAAGGUAAAGCAAGCUGGAAGAGGAUACCGGAUGGAAAACAAAGAAAUAAGAAUAGUAUCUUAUGCUGAUGACGCAGUGAUCAUCUCAAAAGAAGAAGAUAACUUACAAAGACGAUUGUAUAAGUGUGAACAAAUAGCAAAAGCUUUUAACAUGCAAAUAUUCCUGAAGAUAACUAAAUCUUCUACAGUAUCCAGAGAACCGAGAAGAUAUAAACUCGCAAUAUACGAUCAGAGUGUAGAACAUGUGAUGUCAUUCAAAUAUCUAGGAGCGAAUAUAACAAGUAAUAGAAAUGUAAAGAAUGAAGUGAAAGCUCAAACAACAAAGGCGUCAUUAAUAUCAGGGUACCUGAAAGAUGUAAUUUAG